UUAAGUGCUCAGUCAGUCGGUUUGACGGAGAAAGGAAGAACAAAAGGAGCCAUGGCAUCUACUUCUUACACUGAAGAUUUGACUUGUUCUAUUUGUCUGACGAUCUUCACUGAUCCUGUAAUGCUCCCAUGUGGUCACUCUUUCUGCAGAGAAUGUAUUUCACUUUCUCUUAGUAAACUGUGCCAGUGUCCACACUGUCGGGCAGCUGUUCCAAAAGAAGGGAAAUGUCUACUGACCAAUCACAUUUUGAAAAGUCUGGCUGAAAAAGAAGCUGAGAAGCUGAGGGGAAAGCAUAGAGAUGAAGAGGUUGAUGACCGGUUGUGCCCUGAACAUGAAGAAAAGCUGAAAUUGUUCUGCAUCACAGAUCAGCAGUUGGCUUGUAUCAUAUGCCGAGAUGGGGAGAAGCACGAAGGGCACAAGUUUAAACCAAUCAAAGAAGCAGCUGCAUCUGUGAGGAGGGAGUUGGAGAAGUUUCUGCAAAAGGUUUCUGAUGAUAUCUGUGCUGUAGAGAGCAUAGGGAGCAAACAGAGGGAAGAAAUAACAAAAACCAAAGAGAAGUCUCAGCAGCUGAUGACCCAAAUCUGCAGACAGUUUGAGGAGAUGCAUCAGUUUCUGAGAAAGAGAGAAGAUGAGAUCAAGAAAGACCUGAAAGACAAAGAGGAAGAGGCCAUGGAGAAGAUGAGCGAGACAUUGAAUGCUAUGGAAACAGCUUUGUCUGAGAACAGAGAGCUGGAGGGAAAGGUGACAUCAGUUCUGAAAAUCACAGACUAUGAGAGGUUCUUAAAGAGCUGGACUGAGGAAAACAGCAUGAAAACUGCAAAGCGCUCAUUUAAGCCCAGAGGAGGAAAUCUCAAAGUGGUGAAUCCUCCGCUCUCUUUGGGGCCUCAUGAAAGUCACCUGCAGUUCUUUAUGUGGCAGGAGAUGCUUAAGGUGAUCCAGCCCCGAGCUGAAGAGCUGUCACUCAAAAGUGACAGCCAAAACAUAACAGUGUCUGAAGAUGGGAGGAAUUUGAUGUAUAGCCCCAACAUUGUCAAGUCUCAGCAGAACAGUGGAUAUGGUGAGCUGAAUUCAGGCUACCAUUCCUGUCACUACUGUGGCAGAAGUAACAGGCAUUCCUGUCCAAGUUACACUGAGGACACCUCAGUACGAUAUGCAUCUGCAUACAGCACCAAUCAGUUCACCUCUGGGCAGCAUUACUGGGAAAUCGAGGUAGGAAAAAGGGACUAUUGGAAAGUAGGGCUACAAAAGUAUUACCUGAGCUAUAAUGAGCAAAAAUAUGUAACAUCUAGUCAAAAUAAGGUCACAAACUUAACCUUUACAGGAAGACCUCAAAAGAUUGGGAUUUACCUCGACUGCAUGUCAAAGGAGUUGUCUUUCUACGAUGCAGAAAACAUGACACAUAUUCACACUAUGAGAGAAGGCUGUCUGUCAGUGCCAGUGAAAGCUUAUUUUGAGUACAAAUUUAGUAAGGGAGCAGAUCAUAACCCCCUGAGAAUGUGCUUGUUCUGAGGUCUGGGAUAAUGGGGCUGUGGUAAAACAGGAUCUGCAGAUCAGAUGGCCGCCUCAAUCCUUAGCUCUCUUUGACUUUCAUUGUUUUUGUUUAUUUGUUCCACGAUCAUCCUGGUCCCCAAGAAAUCCUCCGUCACAAGACUCAAUCACCUGUUACCCUGAUAUUUUUGUUGAUGAAAUUCUUUGAAAGACUGGUACUGACCCAACUGAAGGACAUCACAGACGGCCUGGACGCCCAAAGAUCCUGUUCGUGGAUUUCAGCUCAGUGUUCAACGACAUCAUCUCACAAGUCCUCCGGUCCAAACUCACCAAGCUCCCUGCGCCCACCUCCACCUGUUGUUUGAUCACAAACUCCCACAAACACAAACUUUCACCAACAGACAAGACGCAGCAGGUACUACACACCACGAUACUAACCACACCUCAGAACAACCUGUUUAACAUGUCUGCAUGUAGACUGAAGGUGGAACAGCUGACAGCUCUACUGCAGUCACAAUAACCUGGAGCUCAAUACACUCAAAACUGUGAAGAUGACAGAGCUGAAAUAUUACACUUAUUCAAUACUAGCCCUCCCUUUUACAUGGAUUUUUACUUCUUCAAUUUUGCGUCUUUUUUCAUUUUAUUUACUCUUGUACAGUACAUGACGUUUUAUAUUAUUCCUCUGCAUGAUGUAUGAUAAAAUAUAUUGUAUGCUGUUAACUUGUCUUGGACAGGAUAUACCAUUAGUUUGUCUGUGUACAAUAGUAGAGUCAAAGAAAGUUUCCUGUUGAUCCAUGACUUGUGUUACGUUUACUUUAAAAUAAUAAUUAUGAACAAAAGUGAAGCAAAAGUAAAAACAGUAAUGGAGGGGUAAUCUAUAACCUAUAGUAAGUAAUCUGUACAGGACUUAAGAUAAAAAUAACAACUUUUGUUUUACUAAAAGUUUCCCUCCAGUCAAACCUUUGCUUUGCUUAUUGUUCCUUCACUUGGAAGUUUGUGUUUCCCUGUGCAGAAUGUUGUACAGCAUGUGCUGAGC